CAGUACAAAAUAAUUCAUGUGGAAUUUGUUAAUAAGAAAGACAGUCACCUUAACUACUACCCCAUGAUGAUCAGGCUUUUAGUACUAUUUGUCGUUAUCUGUAUUCAGUCAGCCAGGAGUCAAGACGGUCGGUGUGACGGUCCGUUGAUGUGCUGUCGAGGAUUUGUAUACAUCGAAGAAGGAAAUAUCUGUUUGCCUUGCACGUAUCCAUCAUUUGGAUUAGCAUGCAGAGAAAACUGUACUUGUCCUGAAGAGAACUGCGACAGUUUUAAGGGAUGUAAUACAUUGAAAACUACAAAAGUGUAUAUAAGUACUGCUAUGAAUAAUGCAGAAAUAGCAUCAGAGCUCACAAGCAACAGAACAUCCAUGACGAAUGUAAUGAAAAAUGCUACAAUAGCCACGAAAAUCUAUGUGAUAGGUUCGAAGAGACAGUUUUAUUUUCCAUACUUUGAGAAACCAAUGUUGUUCAGUGUGAUAUGUCUUUCUAUGCUGUUGACUGUAUUGUUUGUUUUCUACAUAUUGACAUGCAUGAUUCAAAAGAUGAGAGUGAACAUUACGAUAGAAACUAUGGAAGUAGGUGAAGCAAGAAACAGUGUUGAUCACACCGGGUUGUAUGAUGUAGUACAUGAGAAUUAAUUCAUAUAAAUAUAUAUAUUGCAGUUAUAUUAGAUCAUAUAUUUAUUGUGUAGCUACAUGUAAUUUAUGUACCUGAAAAAUAUAUGUUUAAAUGUUUUUAUUUCUCAUAAAAGUGCAUUUCAGAAUUUCUUAUAUUUUUUUAAUAAAAAAGGUAUGUUAUUUGUGAAGUUUAUUUAAGGUAUUCGAUGAAAGGGUAAUUAAACAAUGUAGAAUCAUUUUAACAAGUAAAAACCGAAUAAAAAUUAUUCAAUAUACACCGUUGAUUAAAAAUUUUUCCAGUUAACAACCAUAUUUUUAAGAAUAUCUUGUGAUAUUGUUGCUUGAAGUUUGUCUUAAGAUUUGUUUUAAGUGUUAUAAAUGUAACAGUUUUUAAAACAAUAUUUACACUCAUCUAGCAUUUUUAUACCAAUUGAGGCUGAUAGAUUUAACGCAAAGUAGCAUAUUUGUAGCGGAAGCAGAUAGCUCUUUUGUAAGUGAAAUCACACCUACAUCCAUUGUAUUGUACAUGUAUAUUGCAAUCAUGAAAUAUCCAAUAUAUCUUAACAAAAUGCACUUUUACCUCUGUGAUUCUUUAAAAGCAAAUAUAGAUUUUUGCUUAAAAAGUGCAUGCUUUUAUCUGAAUGAUCUAUGGACAAAUAAAAAAUGAAUAAUAAUAUUUAUUUAAUUAUUAUCUCGUUGCAAAGGGCUUGG